AUGCGACACUUACGGUACGUUCCUCUGCUCGCUACCAGUAUUGCUAUGGGAACAGAGGUCAUUGCCUUGAGAGGCCCACCAGCCAAUAUCCGAGGUUUACGGGAGCAGAGGUCCACAAUGAAUCACCCAAGUAUCAUAUUCGAGGGGACGGCCUCCCCGAACAGCUUGGCCUUUCAUCCACCACUGGCCUCAGACCAGAUACGCUCAAUACUAGUGGCCAGAGCACUUGUCGGGUUGCUCAAUUCCCCGUUAUCCAGUAUUCUGGCCAAACACUCGCAGAGUGCAAGCAUUGCCACAGAGUCCUCGAUUAGCCACAACAAAACCACGCACGGUUCAUCGAAUAUGGAAUUGUAUUUGGGAUCGCCAGGUGUAGCGUAUCCCACGGGGCUACUGUCAGAAGGAAGCCAACGGAUUACUAGCACUAUCACUGCAAAUGGUGCUGAGGCAACAGAUAAUGCUUAUAGUUCAAUGUCAACAGAUAUGACGCCCCAAGGAACAGAGGCCAUGCUGGGACGCCUGCUGACAGCUUUGAGGACCCUAGGGGCGUUGAUGCUCAUGUAA